GAGGUGCUGGGAGAGGAGCAUCCCUCGACGCUGACUAGCAUGGCCAGCCUCGCUCAUACCUGGAGAUGUCAGGCCCGCCUUGGAGACGCUUUAUUCUUGAUGAAGACCUGCUUCCAUCACCAGCAGCAAGUACUAGGCCGGAAUCAUCCAGACACGGUCUCUACUCUCUUUGUUCUGAAAGAGUGGCAGGAGCAGGAC